CUCUCUCCCUCCCCCUCCCUCCCUCUCCCUCCCUACGGGUCAUGAGGCUCCAGUGGUGGGUCUUCUUCGGUAAGGUCGCAUCUGGACUCGCCUCUCCAGCAUCCCGCAGCCAGACACACACGUGUCCGCUCCGUCAGUCCGCCGCUAGCAUGGCAGAGGAAGCGAAGAAACUGGCCGCUUACGCCGCCGUGGACAACCACGUCCAGAACAACCAGGUGGUUGGAGUUGGCAGCGGAUCAACCAUUGUCUACGCUGUGGACAGAUUAGCUGAGAGAGUGCGUCAGGAGAAACUCAACAUCGUGUGUGUGCCCACUUCCUUCCAGGCUCGUCAGCUGAUUCUGCAGCACGGCCUCACGCUGUCGGAUCUGGACCGGCACCCAGAGCUGGACGUGGCGAUUGACGGAGCGGAUGAAGUGGACGUAGACCUGACGCUGAUAAAGGGUGGAGGCGGCUGCCUGACGCAGGAGAAGAUUGUCGCCGGCUGCGCGAAACACUUCGUUGUCAUUGCCGACUACAGGAAGGACUCUAAGACUCUGGGCCAGCAGUGGAAGAAGGGAGUUUCUAUUGAGGUGAUCCCCAUGGCGUACGUUCCCAUCUCCAGGAUGAUAGCCAAACGUUUCGGAGGGGAGGCAAACCUGAGGAUGGCUGUCAGUAAAGCAGGUCCUGUGGUCACCGACAACAGCAACUUCAUCCUGGACUGGAAGUUUGAGCGCGCUGAGAACUGGAAGGAAGUCAACACCGCGAUCAAGAUGAUUCCAGGUGUGGUGGAGACGGGGCUUUUCGUCGGCAUGGCCGAACGGGCCUACUUCGGGAUGGAGGAUGGGACCGUACAGGUUCGAGAUCCUCCAGUCAACUAAGGAGUCUGUCAUCAUAUUCACCUCACACCUCACAUAAUUACCUCACUUCACCCCACAAGUGCCGUGUUCUCGAUUUCCACCCGGCUGCAUUUGGCCGGAGCUGCACAACUGGACAAAAAACUGUCGCCAGGAAGUUUUCACAAAUUUCAAAACCAGUCACUGCUGAGGAUCACUUAGUUUUUCUCCUCCUGCAAGUGGUGCUUCUGACACUGAGUUUUAAAGUGCCUGAUGACUAAAGUCAAGUGCAUCUGAUGUAUACGUUUUUUUUCCAGUCUGUAUUAGUGCUCAGUUGGUCUCACUGGGAAUGUUGUUUUUUCCUGUAAUUAGCGGGUUUGACUGAAAGUCUGCAGAGCUGCUGUUCCCAACUUGCUUGGUGAGUUGCUGCAACACGCGGUUUGAACAAUACAGCAGAGAAACAAACAAAAACCAGUCCUCAUACAGUAGAAAGUUACCGAUCGGCCUCUGUACCAGCAAUGGGUUUAGAACUUGGAACCACCAAACAAAAGGCUCUUUGUAAGAGCUGUUUUAUCUCUGCAAUGUGCUUUUUCUCAGUGUGGCAGCACAGUUCCUUCCUCCUCUUUGUUUUAUCUCAGGGACAUACUGGUUUGUUUGUUUGUUCAGCCGCAUGUGCCAACACAGUUGCGUCCUCUUUUACCUGGAAUUGCAUUUAAUGAAGCAUUCUGGACGGCCGUGCUGGUUUUGACAGGUUUAAUUUAACGUGCGUGUUCCCUCACAGAAAAACAAACCACUGACUAUAUUCCUUCAUGCCUGUGGGUUACUUUGUUGUACGAGAUAUUGUUCCUAACACAUGCCCAUCUGUUCACACACUUCUUGUGCCACCAACUCAAUUUGAGAUAUAGCUGUAAAGAGAGGGACGGGCAUCACUUUGAGGAAGUUAUGACGGGCAGGUGUGUGCGAUUAAAAUCUAAUGUUGCUCAAAUCAGAACCAACAGCAACAUAAGUACAUUUUAUGUGCCUUGGAACGCCAAAGUUCCUAUCAUAAUUAAAUCUUUCAAAUCAUUUCAAGAAAUUGGAAGUCAGUGACAUGUGUUUUAAGUCUAUAGCAUUGAACUGUUGUUGCAUCGUCUCAAAUAUUUUACUAUUUUUACUAAUUUGUUUAAAAAUUGUGAUUAUUUUUGUAAACAUGAUUCAUAAUGUUCAUUUUGGAAUGCAGCUAUUCACUUUGCUUUUGGCUCAUGAUGCUGUAUGUUAUUAUGUUUCUAUAUUCUAUGUUUUCUUAUGUACAUCGCUGAGAGACUGUCUACACACCGCUGUGAUUAUGUUCUAUUAAAGUCUACUUCUCAUGAAUUUAUGUGGAAGCGGAUGAAUUUGAGACUGCAUCAGACUCAGUGGUGUGUCAACAAACUCAAAUGUUGAACUGAGACGUGACCAAUACAAGUUGUACACCAUUAUUACUUUCUUUAUCAAUUGGCUGAUUUUUUUUGCUGUGACGGUACUAUUUUCUUUGUCAACCAAUACAGAACCAUGAUAACUAA